GUCUCGAGAAGGUGGGUUCGUUCGCGCGCUUGUCACCCCUUGCACCCCACUGUCGGAUAUACUUGUCGCACGCGAUAAACGCACGCAUAUACACAUGUGAGGACGCGGGAACAAUUGUACGAUUAUCGUGACAUCCGCAACAGGAAAUAACGAUAAGGAGUACGAAAGAACAAGCACCGAAUUCGAUAGUCGGAUCUCACUGCUGUCAGGUCAAAAGACGUUCACCCAAAUAAACAUCAAGUUUGUAAGCACUGUCUGCGUGGAUUACCAGGCCUAAGCUUGCAUUUCGCCAUCUACGUUGCGACUGACGGUUUAUCUUCUACGACUUCCGAAGAUCUUACGACUACAGGAUCAUAAAUUCUCCCACGACAACGUUCAUCAAAACGUCCGGCGAGCCUCGUCAAGAUAAUAGAAGAAUCGAGACGCACGAUUGGAACCCGUGCCUGGCCUUCGUUUCUAGCCGAAACUUUCCUGAGUGAUCUUAAAUCGCUAAAGAUGGAGCAACCCUUUCGGAUUAUUGAUCUGAGCUCUUGGUAAAGGCUGAUCCAACGCACAUCCUUGAAGGUCAGCCUGAGAUUCGGCGGCGCUAUCACCGGCCGCGCAACGAAACGAAUGUGCCGAAGAUCGGAGUGGGAAAAUGCUCAGCUGCUUGCGCUGGACAUGGGAUAGACGAUGACACUCCGUACGACGAUGAUGACGGAGUGAUAGAUUGAAAACGGGUAAACGCAAAAUGGAUUGGAUGCCUCAAAUCAGGUAGCCAGGAACGAUGCAGAUAAUCAUGCGAUCACCAAUCAACCGUCAAAAGGAUUUAUCCUAAGGCUUCGCUUUAUAAGCAACAUAUCAACUUAUCCGAUUGGAUCUUUGCACGCCCUCAAGAGCAUCGUCUUAACAUUUUUAUUUCGCGAAAAAUCUUUUCUCUCCUUCUCUUUCUUUCUUUUUUGCCGAAGAGGAUUGACUCGAUCCUCGUGAUCUCCAAGACUGUUCUGCUGUUCACUCCAUGUUAUCUACGUUCCUUUCGACACGGUAAAGACUGAAGCCUACGUCAAUCGGUCUAUCGGGAAAUUUACGUAACUGAAUCUCGCUCGCUCUCUUCUCUCUCUCUCUCUCUCUCUCUCUCUCUCUCUCUCUCUCUCUUUCUCCCCCUCCCUCCCUCUCUCUCCCUUUCUCUCUCACUUUCUCUUGUUCUUGCUCUCUUCUUGAUCUAUCUCCCGCAGCGAUGGUUAUUUGAGAAAUCACUGUCAAAAUUCGAGAAGUCACACGUCUAGUGCGAAGCCCUUGCGCGUCCCACACACACGUUCAACAUUUUCAUUUUGAGGAACGUUUCGACUGAGCAGAGUACGAAGACUGAUUUAUUAUCGCCCUGUGCUACAUUUAUUUGAUCGACAAAAACGGAUCACACAUACGCAUACAUAUCCUGUGAGUUCUUUGCAAUUCCGACAGUCGUUAAAUUUCGAUAAUCGCACGUCAGUUGACUAAAUAUUAUACGUGUUACGAGACAGAUUAUAUAUGCUGGUAUAUAUAUAUAGUAUGUAUAGAUAUGUGUAAAAAGAAGGAUGUGUAUAUAUGUGUAUGUGCAUACACGACUGCGAAAAAGACUGCCUAUGCUGCCUAAUGUACACGAGGUAUAACGGAAGUUAACCAGUGAAUCCGUGUAAAUUGAAGCACAUCAAUUUCCUUUCAAGAUCAAUGACGACAACAGUGACGAUGCGAGUACCGGAUGGUAUGUCGCGAUAAAGUAAUCGAUCCGUGUUGUGAACGCGUUAUAUUUGGUGAUGCAAAGUGAGAUCAGUGUUACUUCUGCAUGAAGACGUAAGGGAACAGGAUGGGUUGUGGACAGAGCAAAAUCGGCAGUAUCUAUCCGAAGAACAAGAAAAACAAGAACAAUAGUGCGAAGAAGAACGGCGACUCUCUCCGUAGCGCGUCAUCUGUAGAGCAGAAGAACGGAAAUGGCAACGUCAAGAACAACAAGACGAACAACAACGGUGUUGAGGUGAACAGAAACGAAGAUCUAAAUGGCGGCGUCGAUGCUAAGGGACAAGCGAAAAAGAAACCGAGCGCACCUGGGGGCGGACCUCUGUUACAACAGACAGAGAUAUCCACCAGCCAGCUAGAUUUCUUCAAGAUGCUUGAUGAGAAGAUCGAGAAUGGUCCGGAUUAUGACGAAAGCCUCGACACAACCAACCGAGCGGAACGAGUGUCUAGCUUGCUUCGCCGCUGGGAACUGGCUAGCGUGACCUGGUCCAGCGUCUCCGAUCUGAACAAUACCUAUUCGCAGUCGAAUCAGAAGAACCGCGUUCUGAGCAGCUCUCGGCAGAGCCUCAGCGCUAAAGAUCGCGAGGGUAUGAGAAAUAUAGUGGGUGGCCGGCCGGAGAGUGCCCCAAUCUUCGUGCGCAAUGCGAAUCGCAUGGACGGUCUGCAGGACAGCCAUCAUUGUCCAUCACCGAAUAUGCCACGGCACGUACUCGAGUCUAUCACACAGAGUCCGACACAGAGCGUGAAGACAGCAACACCGCCGAGCUGCACGUCGCUGAUCGGACCACGUUACAUUCAGGACGUUUACGGCAAGAAUUGCUCAGUAACGACCGAACAGCAACAAAUGAAGAUGCACUACGUCGGUCAGAAUCCAGUGAACGGCGAAUACGUGACGCAGCAGGCGCUCUAUCGCGAACAGUACUUGCAGCAGACCGGCAUAAUUACCGUGGCACCUCAAUACUCGGCCGGCACACCAGGCGGCAACGUUCUCAGGAAUAAUCCGUACGUUCAGCACUUCCAGAUCACCGCGAAUCCUCAGCACUUUGUCACGCCCGCGCGGGGACGCGGCUUCAACGCUGCGCAGAUGACGUGACCGGGAUGGGAGCAGCGAUUGGCGAGAUAAGACUGAAUUCUGCGAGAAAAGCCAAGGAUUCGAAUCAACAAGGGCGAUCGUCCCUUUGAAAAGAGUUGUAGAAGAGACGGGGGGAAGAGGCUUGGUGACUAAUAAAAGAAUAAAGAGAAAGGGAAUGAAAAAAAGGAAAGAAUGAAAAAGAAAGACGGAGAUGAAAACAAUGAUUUUGUGUUCCUUAACAUUCUCGCACUUCGUAUCUUUCUCUUGAUAGCGAUUCUCGCAAGACUCGAGAAAACGUCGACGGCGGCCUAAGCGUAUCAUCCAGAGAUCGAAGAGAGAAGAGAGAAGUGUCGUUUUGCGAGAACUGGCGCCCAAAAAAUUGGGGUUCUUUGCUACAAGUGCCAAAAUGUUACGCAAGCGAUCCAAAUGUCGCGAAUAGAGAAGGGCUCGCGCUUUUGACUUGACGAAACAGCACUUCGUUCUUCUACAUCCAUUCGUCCUGAUGCGAGGAAACGACUCGAUGUGCGUAAAUACAUCUUGUUUAUCCAUACCGUUUCUGAUUUCUCUAUUUUCUGAUCAGUGACGUUUGCACGUCUCCACCAACGUGGAUGUUUCGGGAAUGGAUGCACACGUGAGCGGUUUCCGUCGUGCAGCGAUUUUUAUGAUUGUAUUAACGAGAUAUCCGGGAAGUAUUACCGGAAAGAUAUACGUGUGCAUGUACAUAUGUAUGUAUGUAUGUAUGUAUGUAUGUAUGUAUGUAUGUAUGUAUGUAUGUAUGUAUGUAUGUAUGUA